AUGUUUCAGACUCCUACUCCUUAUCCUUUUCUAUUCUCAUCUACUGCCAAUGUCAUAAAAACCUUCGUCGUCGCUAGUCGGGAAUUUUGUACAGUUCGGGCGAUUAAAAACCCUCCGUCGUUCCGAAUAGUUGAUUCGGAAUCAAAUAAUAAGCAUGCGGCUUGGGAGAGUUUAUAUAAAAUUCAACAGGAGCGACGGUGGACCGCUAGUGUCCUAGCGUACUUUCACACACGUGAUGACCCUCGCGGACAAAUCUGGGGCCUCCAACCAGAAGUCAUGGAUAGAUCUGUUCUAGAUUUAUGCUAA